AUGUAUUCAUCUUCAAUUUCGAAAGUAGAUGCUAUUAAAAAACGGUCUAAAUCGACUUCGAACUCACAUCUAACCAGAAUCAGCAAGAAAAGUAGUAUCGAAUCGAAACUCUUGCUUCCUCAUAAUCUUCAAAAGAAUCAAAAUGGAAACUCAAAAAGCACAACUGGUUUGGAUCUUUUAUUAAAUCAAAACAAUGAACAGAAAGCCGUUCCAGAGAAGAGAGAUGCGAUCACCCAAGACACUUUUGAUCGAGUGUUUGCUGGGAAAUUCGCAAAUCUUCCAAAACCGCAGAGCAAACUUGUUCGAGUUUUUACGAGUUCAACAUUCACGGAUACGACAGUCGAAAGAAACGCCUUGAUGGAGGACAUUUACCCAAAACUAAAAGAAUAUUGUCGUGAGACAUACGGUCUCGAUUUUCAGGUGGUCGACAUGAGAUGGGGCGUUCGAGAUGAAUCCACUGAUGAUCACAUGACAACAAAGCUAUGUCUCUCUGAAAUUGCAAACUGUCAAAGGCUUUCAGUUGGAGCCAACUUUGUAGUGUUUUUGUGUCAGAAAUAUGGAUAUCGACCGAUUCCAUCUGAAAUUCUAUCAACUGAGCUAGAAUUGUUGAAGCGAACUCUCCGAGAAGAGCAUGAGGAUAUUUCUUUGCUAGACAGCUGGUAUAUUGAAGAUACGAACUCCGUACCGCCCAUGUUUGUACUUCAGCAAAUCAGCUCAAUUCUCGUCAAUUUUAAUAACAAAAGAAUUCCGAAACUUCAAGAACAAGAUGCUAAACAAUGGUGGGAAUGUGAAGCAAAAAUGCAGCAAAUGUUGAGAAAAGGAGCAAGAAGUUGUUAUGAAAAAGGAUUGUUGGAUCAUGAAGCCAUGCAUAACUAUUUCAUGUCAGUGACAGAAAGAGAAGUGGUUCAUGGUAUUUUGAAAGCAAAGAAUCCAAAUGAACACUGUUUGUGUUACAUCCGACACAUCAAUAAUAUUGCUCUGUCCCAAAUGAAAACGGCUUCAAAGUUUGUGGAUAUCGCUCACAAUCAUGUAAACUCAGAAGCUCAGAAACUUCUAGCCAACCUGAGAGAUGAACGUGUUCCUGCAAAACUUGCCAUGCAAAAUAUCAGAAGAUCAACUGUAGAAUGGGUUGGAAGAGAUGGAAUCGAUGUUCAGUAUCAUGCAGAAUACAUUCGUCAAUUCUGUUCGGAUUUCUAUAAUAGUAUUACAACAAUGGUUGAUAAUGCAAUGGCCAAACAUGAAAAAUACAGAGAUCAGUUAUUCACUGAAGUUCUUACACAUCUUACAACUGGAUCUACGGUUUCCGAUAUGUUCUUUGGAAGAGAUGAACAAUUGAAUUGUGCAAAGCAAUACGUUUUAGGAAACUCGAAUCUUCCGAUAAUUUUGCAAGGAGAGAACGGGUGUGGAAAAACAUCACUCAUGGCGAAAAUUGCAAAAGAGAUCCGGAACUGGUAUGACAAUACUUGUGAGCCAGUUGUACUUUUGAGGUUCCUGGGAACAAGUCCGGAUAGUUCGAAUAUUGCUCCAUUGUUGACCAGUGUUUGUAAUCAGAUUGCUCUAAACUACGAUGAAUCUCUUAACAAUUCUGCUCCAACUGAACUUUCUAAACUCUUCCAACAUUUCAAAAAGAUCACAUAUCUGGCUACUCGAGAGCGACCAUUAGUCAUUAUAUUUGACAGUUUGGAUCUUCUUUCAACAAUUGAUGGGGCUCACGAACUUCUUUGGUUUCCACCUUCUCUCCCUCCAUUUGUCAAACUUUUCGCAUCGUUAACGCCUGGAGCAAGUUUGAUUUAUUCAAAAAUGCUGAGAUUAAUUGAAGACAAACGACAAUAUUUAACAGUGCCAAGUCUUGGAAAAGAACUUGGAAAUGAUGUAGUCAAAAAGUGGUUGUCGGAUAAAGGAAGAACACUGUCGGAGAGACAAUGGAAUACUGUAUCCAAGGCUCUGGAUAAAUGUACUCUUCCGCUUUUUGUGAAACUGAUUUUCGCAGCAGUGGCUAGGUGGAAAUCCUACUCUCGGCCACAAGAAACUAUUCUAUUUUCAUCUUUACAAGAAAGUAUUAAUGUCCUUUUUCAUAGAACCGAAAGUCAGCAUGGAAAACUGCUUGUUUCCCAUUUAUCGUACAUUUCUGCUGCUAGAUCAGGAAUCAGUGACUCUGAAGUUGAAGACUUGAUAUCUCUUGAUGAUAAGGUACUCGAUGAUAUCUACCAAUACCAUCUUCCGCCAGUAAGAAGGAUUCCACCACUCCUCUGGAGUAGAAUAAGAUCUGAUCUUCCUGGAUACUUAUCAGAAAGAGCUGCUGAUGGCGUCAUUGUCCUCAACUGGUACCAUCAACAAUUCAGACAAGUUGCAAUCGAAAGGUAUUUCAAAAAUGUGAACCAUCUGGAAACUUGUCAUUCGGCGAUGGCUGAAUAUUUUUUGGGUGUGUGGGGUGGAGUUCCGAAGCCGUAUCAGUACACCGAAAUGCAAAAACAAAGAUUUGGAGUGACCGAAAAUGAAGGUCUGGCUGACAGAAAAGUGCCAAAACAGCCCAACGUCUUCUCAUCAAAAGACGGGAAUCAUAGAUACAACACAAGAAAGUUGAGUGAGCUACCGUAUCAUCUAUUGAGAUCUGGGAGAGUUGAUGAACUACUGUCACUUUGUCUUUUCGAUUAUGAGUUUCUUCAUGCAAAAGUAUCAAGUUUUCCAUUACAAUCUCUGAUCGCUGAUUACGAAGAUGCGAUUCAGAAUGUCAGAGAUGUGGAGAUACUGAGACAACUGACAUUGGCAGUCGACGCAUUGCGACUUUCAGCAAGUAUUCUCAGCCGUAAUCCGUCUAUGCUUGCGUUCGAACUUCUCGGAAGACUUCUUCCACUUGUGGCUACUAACAAACAUGUGAGCAAAUUAUUGAUCAAAUGUGAUAGAGAAGGUCCACAACACAACGCAUUCGUUCCCGCCCAUCACUGUUUUCAUGCUCCUGGAGGGCCACUGAAAUUCUCUUUGGAAGAACAUCAGUUUGCAGUUUUUGGAAUGCAGUUGACUUCGGAUAGAAAACUUCUAGUAUCCACCUCAACACAGAUUAUAGUCUGGGAUGUUGCAACAGGUGACAUCGCAAGAGUUGUGAACCCCAACAUUGAUGGAGUUUUCUUUGGAUUAGCUGUUUCGGAAAAUGAUAAAUUUGCUGCAGCAUACACUAACAACAAUCAAAUUAUCGUUGCAUCGUUAGUAACUGGAGAGUUCACAGCAAUAGAUCCAGAACCGUUUGUAACUCAAAUGGAACUACAGGCUAUCCGAUUUGUGGGUAACAACAACAUCUUAAUGUGGUCCAAAUCCCAGUAUUUGAUUUAUACUGUAAAUGGAAAUAUUGUUAGUCAAGGAUCAGAGAGCGAAGGAGAUAAUAAUCAUAUCAUUCACAUAUUCUAUCGAGACAAACUGAACAUGAUGUUCCUUUUAUGGACUGGAGAACGAGAUGAAUGGAGGCUGGUAGUGAAGGGAACAUUGAAUGAUGAUAAAACACAAUCAAAGGGAAAGAUCAGUAACUUCUAUUGUGAGGCAUCCAUCACUUUCUUGGACAACCAUUUCAGAAAAGGAUUCGCAUGUAUUGCACACAAAAGUUGUCUGGAUCCUGACGGAGACCAUAACUUUGCUCUGGUCCGUAUUACUCUCUCCGAAUCCAAAUACAUCACAGAAGAAGUUAUUCAAGAAGGACUUCUGAAUCGAAUCAACGACAUAAAAAUCUUUGAAAGAAAUUGCAGCAGUCCGAACCAGAAUCCAUGGAUAGUUGGUGUCAUGAUUGAUAGUUUCUUGUUGUACCGUGAUAACUGUGACUUCAAGCCAAUUUUUUUGAAACUUCCUUUAAAUGUUCGAAACAUUCCAAUUCGUCCAAGACAUACAACUACUGCAGUAACUUUUGCCUCACAUGAUACAGUUUUUGUAGCCGGAGUCCGAAAACAUUUGUUUCUGUGGAAUGUUUCAUCGACAGAACUUCUCCGCUCUCUUGACGCCCAUUUUGGAAGAAUUCUGAAUCUUGAUUCUGUUAGUCAACUUGGCCAAAACAUUUUGAUCUCAUCUUCACUCGACCAUACAAUAAAAAUCUGGAAUAUGGAAAACAUAUUUGAGAAGUCGUUCUCGGUUUCAACAAUGGAACAAUCCAUCGAGAAAAUUUCUGUGGCAAAAGAUAAUCCGACACUGGCAGCAGUUCAAACUAGAAAGAAUAUUGGAAUUUGGGAUAUAAAGUCUCAUCGUUAUAUUGCAUCAACAAUCGUAGCAAUCGAAUCCGAUCAAUUACUCCUUUGGGAUCUACGAACGCAAUCCGUUAUUCAUUCAAUCCAUGCUCCAAAUGUUUUCCAAAUUUUUUACAUGAAUAAAGAAGCGUUGAUAGGUGUUAUCUACCGUCAAGUGGAUUCUGCCGAACAGAAAAUUGCGAGACUUACAAUAUACAGGGUCGUAGAUUUCAGUGUGCAAUACAAUUUUGAGUAUCCAUGCAGACUGUUCAAGGAUUGCGCAGUUCUUCGAGAUCAAGUCACCGGAGUAGUCAUUACUUUAUUCAAAGGGCAUGAUAGUCUUCUAGUUUUUGACGCAGUUGAAAAGACUCAAAAAAUCAAAUUUCGCCCAAGGCAAUCAAAAAAGCAGAAGGACGUGAUGAUCAGUAAAAUUAUAGCGAUGCCAUCGAAUAGUAACCAGGUGAUCGUAGUUGAAAGUGACAACAAAGCAAGUGUGUGGGAUAUCAGAGUUCGGAAGUUCCACAGAACAUUGACCCAAUUCAAUGGAGUUGUUUCAAGCGAUGGAAGGCUUGGACUGUUUGCUCCCGCGAAAGGUGGCUUGUUCGUGAUUGAUAUGAGAAGUGGUCAAGUUGCAAAAACUUUGAUUGGAAACGUGACGGAAGGUGUCAACGAUGUUACAUGUUCGUUCUCUCCCAAUGGUCAAUAUGUGUUCUAUUAUCACAGUGCCCAAGACGGAUCCCUUCUAACUGUUGUCCUUAAUGAUCCGAUUGCUAAGGAGGAAACUUUGAAUAAGAUCGCAAUUCUUCCAUGUCGUCGUCAUCUCGCAGAAUACCUUCAUAUUCAUGUUCCAGAAGAAGCUGAACUCGACACUUUCGACCUGCGAAAUCUCGGAGCUGUCACUGCGGCGGUAACACGGUUCAAAUCGCUUUUGGAAAAUAAAAAAGGAGGGGGAGUUUCUAAAAAGUCCCAUGUCUGUAGUCUUAUGUGA